AUGCAAAGGCACAAUAACGGAGUUUUGCAGGUUACACCCGCUUGUGCAGCCUGCAAACACCAAAGAAAGAAAUGCCACGAGACGUGCCCGCUAGCACCGUACUUUCCCGCAAAUCGGAACAGGGAAUUCCAAGCCGUUCACAAGGUGUUUGGAGUGAGCAAUGUGACCAAAAUGGUGAAAAAUGUAAGAGAAGAAGACAAGAGAAAGGCUGUGGAUUCUUUGGUUUGGGAAGCUGUUUGUAGGCAAAACGACCCCGUUUUAGGGCCCUAUGGUGAAUACAAAAGGGUUUUGGAAGAGCUAAAAGUGUGUAAAUUAUUGACUCAAAAUCAAAGCAUUAUGAAUGGAGGGCAAGUGGAAUUGGGUUAUAAACCAAUAAUGCCUUGUUUGGGAGGGUGGAAUAAUAAUAAUAACAACAAGAAUAUCAAUAAUAAUGCAAGUGAAAAUUUGAUUAAUAAUGGGAAUGGGAUUAUGGGGAUUAUCAAUGGAGGAGUUAAUAGCAACCAUUUGUUUAGUUACCUUCAUGAUAACUAUGUAAGUGCUAUUAUUGAUUCAAGUCCUUAUAGUAAUUCUUCAACUUAUAAUUUACAAAGCCCUGAGAAAUUGAUGAGACUGCAGCAAGAUAAAGAGAUUAGUUCAAGCAUUGUUGUGCCACUUCAACAGCAACAACAGCAGCAGCAUCCAACUUUUCACCAUUGUUUUUAG